AUGAAAAUCGAGAAAUUGGUGAUUGGUGCACUAUUAUCCCUAACAAUGCAUGGAAUCUACAGUGCUAUGCGUGAGCGAUCGAUACUCUAUUUUUCAAUGGUGUAUAUAUUUUUUUGUUUGAAAGGCUUCCAUGCGAGCUUCAAAAACACACAGGGAGCCGGAGGCUUAUCCCUCAAUAUUGAUGUUACAGAUACGUUGACAGUGACUCCUGGUCCUGUACUCGACUUCCUUGUUGCAAAUCAAGGUAGAGAUGGAAUCUCUAUCGACUGGAAAAAGGCAAAAAGUACUCUCAGGAAUCUUAGAAUCAACAUCAUCACCUCAAACAGAGAAUACAAGAUAGCCGGACUAAGUGGUUUAUGCUGCAAAGAUCAAACGUCUGCUCAGUCUAUUUAUGUUGUAUUCUAUGUUUGA